CUCUGGCUGUGAUCCACCAGUUCUAAUUUAGCAUGGUAUACAGAGACGAGAAAGAAGCAGGUUCCAUGCUACCCUGGUUGGAUGAUGGAAUAAAGACCGAGGAUAAAAAGUUUCGCCGCGCUUUCCGUGAUUCUUUUCAGCUUGAAACAAACUAUUCUCGCGGAAGCUUAACCAUUCCCUACAUCUGCGCGGGCGAGAACCGAGAAGGCGUGGCGCGCGACUUGACGGUGGAGGAACGAUCAAUGGCCAAGCCGGCUCCGACUAAGAACGCCGGCGACGCAGCAACGGCGGUGGUGCCAGUGCCGAGUCCGUUCGAGUACCAUGUCUAUGGCCCCCGCAAGCUGUCCUUCACGAGCUGGAGAGAUCUUCUUAGCUCAAGCUGGAAGAACCCCAACUACCGGCGGAUGGUGAUCGCGUGCUUCAUCCAGGGGGCGUACCUGCUGGAGCUGGACCGGCAGGAGAAGCGGGACGAGCGCACCAGCCUCGCGCCGCAGUGGUGGCGCCCGUUCAAGUACAGGCUGGUCCAGGCGCUCGUCGACGAGCGCGACGGCUCCAUCUACGGCGCCGUCCUCGAGUGGGACCGCCAGGCCGCGCUCUCGGACUACAUCCCGUUCCGCCCCACCCGCGCACCCGCCGCCGUCGUGGCGCUGCGCGGCACGCUGCUCAAGGCGCCCACGUUCCGCCGCGACGUCGUCGACGAUCUCCGCUUCUUGGCCUGGGACAGCCUCAAGGGCUCCGUGCGCUUCGCCGGCGCGCUGGCGGCGUUGCGGGCGGCCGCGCGCAAGUUCGGCGUGGCCAACGUGUGCGUGGGCGGGCACUCGCUGGGCGCCGGGUUCGCGCUGCAGGUGGGCAAGGCGCUGGCCAAGGAGGGCGUCUUCGUGGAGUGCCACGUGUUCAACCCGCCGUCCGUGUCGCUGGCCAUGAGCCUCAAGGGCUUCGCCGAGACGGCCGGCGAGCUGUGGGGCCGCGUGCGCGCUUGGAUACCCUACAUGGGCACCCAAGCCGGCGGGGACGCGGGCGGCGGCUGCAACAGCGAGAGCGAGGCCAAGGCGUCGCUGGCGCGCGCCGGGAUGGCCAAGUGGCUGCCGCACCUCUACAUCAACACCAACGACUACAUCUGCUGCUACUACAGCGACGCCGCGAGCGGCACGGCCACCGUGGCCGUCGGCAGCGGGGGCGGGAGCGGCACUAGCAAGGCCGGAGUGGCGAGGAUGGUGGUUGUUUCCAAGGGGCCGAGCAAGUUCCUGGCCGCGCACGGGCUGGAGCAGUGGUGGGCUGACGAUGUCGAGCUGCAGGUCGCGCUCAACCACAGCAAACUCGUCGACCGCCAGCUCAGGUCGCUCUACGCCCCGCCACCGGCCGCACCAGCCGCUCGGAGUUAGGCACGUGUGCCAUGGAAAUGUUUCAUCAAAAGGGCUUUCUUUCAUAUCUAUGACGAGGAAGAUUUUAGUUUCGCAUAACAGGUCCGGUGAAAGGUGAUUGUUGCAGGGGUGCCAACACUAAAUUUUUCCAUUGAAUGGCAAAUGGGAAAAGGGGGGAGGGGAUACUAUGUACACUUCUAAACAUGGCUCCGAUGUUCUCAUGGGCAGUGAUCAAAUCCUCUAAAAUGCUACUGACCAUUUGACUUAUUAUGAAAGCUUAGUUUGGAGAGAAGGAGGCCAUAUGAAUCUAGAGAAUGAUGUGGACCUGAAGAAUGUUUAUCAAAAGAUGGUAACAAAUAUUUGGAUAGACCCUUUGCCAGGAAGAGACCAAGUUUACUAUUGAUAGCAUGGCUCUUGGACCUGAUGGAAUUCCUAUAGAGUUCUUAUCAGUACUCAACAUGGCCCGCGGACUCCUUUUUAUGAUUUCUACGCGCACAAGUUGGAUCUACGCCAAAUAAUUAACUCUGGCGCUCUAAAUCUACUACCGAAAAUUGAUGAUGUUGAAACCAUUCAGUUGCCGAGAAGAAGUGGUUCUAGACCUUCUGGUGACACACAUAAAAGAUGUUUCAAGCCAUAUUCGCUCAUACGAGCAUGGUAUGAAGGGUCCAUGGCUGGGCUAACAAUUUCCUUAAGUGUGCCAACCCUGGUUUCCUUAUGAGGGGUCGCGCGACUACCAAAGGUGAAGGAGUCUGGAGCUUGUGCGCUAGGAAGGUGAGGAUGGACGGAGGCGGCCAUUAAUCAUGACCCCUAUAUAAUGGCCUUCCUCGGGAUAGGAGGGGGCAAAGGGACUUGUUGUGCUCAAGAAAUCCUAGAAGUGUAGAAUAUUUCAUUAGUAGAUCCCAUCUAGAACUCAUGUGUAGAUCUGAUUCGAAGGCAUUCCCAUUCCAAGCGCCAGUGGUGUCACUCCAAGCAGCGGCGGUAGGCAGAGGUUAAUCUAGGCGGCAGCAGUAGUUGAAAGGAAGAGCACACCAAUGAGAGGAACGACCUUAUCAUUUUUGUGGUUUGCAAUUUAGAACCUAGAUUUCCUCUUA